AUGAACCAAAUCAUGUGCUACAAUGACUGCCUCUACAGUUAUCGAGAGGCCGCUGAAUUUAUGAUCUUCUCGGAUAUGGAUGACUUGAUCAUGCCGGAGAAUGGAGAUCUGUUGUCGAAAGCAAGCCUUCUGGAGACGUUUCUCCAAUGGCGGCCGGUUUUGAAUUUGUAUGGGCGACAAGUCAUUUUAGGCUGGGUAAGUGAGCAAGUCCUCUAUUAUGAGUAUAAAAAAUGAAGAUAUACGGGCUACAAGACCUUUGUCGGAUAUAUGUGAUUGCACGAUAAGUUUUAGCCAUCUUAAUGCCACAAAUGGUGAUUUCUGCCGUGAAGGGUGGUCUUGUAACGCUUUUGGGACUCCCCAACUUCCUUUCAUGCCUUUUAGCCACCGUCUACUGCAUUUUUUUGCGUCUCUGACUGCCUCGUUACGAUCGACUUUAGUUGACCUGAAACGUCGUCGACUCCUAUAAUGCAAGGAUUUUCCUGUAUUUCGUCUUUGGGACCAAUAGCCUUAUUUCAGCACCAUCGCUCGACCAGUUCUCGAUUCCACAGCUCUUCAAAAGCCUGA